CCGGAGCACGUAGGAAGGCCGUUCUAAUGGCGGAGAAUGUUCGCUCUCCCUUCGACUACCGGGACCCGCCGACGCUGGACAGCGACGGGGACGGGAGCAAGCCGCCGCCGCCGAGGGGUCGCGUGUGUGGGAGAAAAAGGAAGGGGACACCUGUAAAGGUGUGUGACCGAGCAUAUGUAACGGAAGAUGAGGAGGAGGAGAGCAUGUCGGAGCACAGCUACAGUCCCGGUGAUGGUCAGUACCCAGAGGGGGCUGAAGAUCGGCUCCCUCCACCUGGCAGUCCCUACUACCUCCCUGAUCCCUCUCAGCUCUGCGUGCCAGAAUUGGGUGAGGAUGGAGCGAGCGGUGUUCGAGGAGCUGUGCUUUUCCACCCACCUCCCAACUGCCGGAUCCGUGAGGUCCACUGCGGGACCCAGGUACGGCUGGUGGUUAUAGCAAUCCGGGACAUCGCAAAAGGGGAGGAGAUCACGGUGGACUACAGCCUGACGGAUUGGGGAGACAACGCAAUGGAUGAAGAGGCUGCCCCCCAUCCACUGUCUCUCUCUGUCUCUGACUACCUGACCCCGUCCUGGUCUUUAUCGCCGUCAUCCUCCCCACUCACCCACUCUGAACCCAGCGACUCAGAUCGAGAAGAAGACGAAGAGGAGGAAGACGAUGAUGACGACGACGACGAUGAAGAAGAAGAAAUAGAGGAGAUAAGAGGCCGUAUGCUCCGCCGCCGAAAGAAACGCAAGCUGGCUGCUCCGGUCACCUCUGCCAAAAAGAAGACCGUAGCCCCGUCCUCUCGGGGCCCCGGGCGCCCCUGCUCGUCCUUCUCCGGCCCGGCAGCCGUCGCCCCCUCCUCCGCCAGACCUCAGCCCCCCGCCAGCAGCCUGGCCCCCCAAACCACUAACAUUAACAAUAACAUCAACAUAAACAUUGGCAGCUCCGGCAGCGGCACGGUGAGCCGGCGUCAGCACUGCCCGUACUGCGGCCGCCACUUCCGCUCCCUGGCGCGGCACCUGGAGAAGUACCACGCCAACCAGCCGGACGUCAGGUCAGCCAUGGAGCAGGCACACCUCAACAACUCUGCAAACGGCAGCGCCUCAAACCCCAACCCGCCGUCGUCGUCGUCUUCCACCUCCGCCUCCCACAGCCACUCCUUCGCUGUCCCGCAGCCCUCCGCCUCCAACUCCACUCCGCCUUCCCUCUUCCAGCGGGACAGGGAAUCGCCGGCCAACCGCACAAGCGCAGGAAACGUCUCCUUCUCUCUCUCGCUCUCACCGCCUCACUCGGCUCAGCCCGCAGCUGCAAAGAAGGGGCCUAACUUACCACUAGCUGCCACAAAACCCCCCACGCCCUCAAUGGUGUCCCGGGUGACGAGUCCGUCGCCGCCUCCUCCCCCGUCGACUCCUCGAAGGGGUCGGAGGAUGAAGAAGGAAAAGCAGGAAGAGCAGAAAGAUGCUGAGGAAGAGAGCUCAAGAAAUCAAGAGGAGCUGCUUCCACCUCCUACGCCGGAGCCAGACGUGGACCCGGAUGAAGAUCUGGAGCUGAGUGCAGAAGGGGAAGAUGAUCCACCAGGGGAGAAGAAUGGAGAAGUUGUAAGCACUCACAGACACCACACGUCACCUCUACUGUCAUCCCUCUCUUGUUUGGUCAUCUAUCUCCGUCGCCAGCAGCACUCCUCUUUCAUCUCUUUGACCCGUUCUCCUCAUUCUGCCGAGGCCUGGCGCCUGCUCUGCCAUUCCAGCCUGUCCCUGCUCAUCCUCUACAACCGACACCGGGAGUGCGAGGUGGCUAAGCUCACCAUCCAGGACUAUCACAAUCGUAUCACCCCUCAGCCCACCUCCAGCACCAUCCCCCCCGCUGGCAUGGAAGCUCUGCUAUCCCCCUUCGAGCACCAGGUCCUCUCUCACCUCCCGCGGGCCGGCGUCCUGGGCAAGCGCGGUCGGGUCCAGCCGCUCAUUUUCCCGCCACACUGUGAAUCCUGCCUGGACCUGCUUCUCCGAACGAGCCCCAACGUCGGCGUCGACCCCGAGAGCCCCUACGUUUUCUCCCGGCCCUAUCACUCCCCCGCCACCCCUCUCCGCGGCACAGACCUACUGAGAAAUCUGUCUCGGGCCAGCGGGGCCAAGACCCCCGGAGCACUGACGGCGACGCGCGUGCGGCGGCAGGUCGCCAUCCUCACCCAGCUGCUGCUGCUGGAGGAGGGCGAGGGCCAGGGCGGGGGCAUCAAACGGCUCGAGGACUUUCUGGAGCGGGAAUACCACGUGACCCAAAACUGCUCAGCGAUCAUACGCGACCCCGGACUGAUGGGGCGCGUGGGGCGCGUGGUUCUGUACGGAGAAAGGGAGGGCGUACUUUUCAGGGGGAUGAGCCUGCAGGAUAUCUGCCUUGAGCUAGACGUGAUGUCUGGAAACUCAGCAGAUUCGUUUUCAGAAAAUUCUGAGGCUGAUGAAGACAAAGAGGACAUUAAGGAGAAGAUAGAGGUGAUAGUGAAGAAAAAAGGACCGGGCCGGCCUCCGCGGAAGAAGAAAGCACCCACGCCUUCACCUACAGUCAACACACCGAUGGAUAACGCCGUUAAGAGAAGAUGCACCCCACCUAAAUCAGGGAAGCGCGGCGUGCUGAAGCGGCCCUGGUCGGAGGCGGAGCGCGUAGCGGUGGAGACGCACCUAAAGAGAAAUCUCAUGGAGCUGCGGGUCCCUGCAAAGGCAGACUGCGAACGCUGCCUGGAACUUUGCCCCCUGCUGGUGAGCAACCAGCGAGACUGGAGAGCGAUCAAGUUUUACGUUCACAACCGCAUCCAGCUGCUGAAGAAGCAGGGGCGCAGGGAAAGUGCUGCUGCUGUCAGCUAGAGCAAAACGGAGCAGCGACAGAGGACGGAUACCACAAUGUAUAAACCACCAGCAGCAAGAAAAACUCUGGGUUAAGGUGGGGUCUCUGUUUCUUUCUUGUUUUUUUGAUGUCUUUGGUGCAGCACCUGAGGUGUACAUACACGCCAGGGCUUCUCACCACGGUCAUAAGGGAGUAGUGUAAUAAAAGUGACUAAGCUAAGAGGUCAGAUCAGGAAGGGUUAAUGUGUACUCGGUGUUGCCGUUACCCCGUAUCUGUUUCGGAGAUCCAUUUAGAAGCGGUUGGAAAAGAACAUACCUUUUUAUGUGUAUGGUCAUACACAGUGAAUGGUUUUGGAGAAAAAAAUGUCGUGUUUACCUUAUUAAUUGAUUGAAAAGUGGAGGACGCUAGUGGGUGAAGAGGGUCCGUGUACUUUGCGGCCAUCCGUUUUUUGUUUUGAAAUGACAAAAUAAAAAUAGAGAAAUAAUCCAAAAUAAUCCGUUCCCCAUCUUUUGUUUUGAUAAUAAAAAACGGAAAACGGAUCGUUAUCCGAUUUCAUUGAUGUGUUUGAAAAUCGAAAGUGGGAAUUA